AGCUCUUCUUUCUAUCAUCAACCAAAAACAAGCAAUCCAGUAACCUUAACCCUUUCAUACAUUUUCAAGAGAAUUCAAACUUUCAGAAAAAAAUGGCUUUGGUGAGAAGUCUAUUUGGAGCAAAGAAGAUUUUUGGCCGCUCUGUAUCAGCAACAGCUUCUACUAGCAAAAGAGCAGCCUCAGCGGCACCAAAAGGGUUUCUUGCGGUGUAUGCAGGAGAGAACCAGAAGAAGAGAUAUGUGGUGUCAGUCUCAUACUUGAGCCAGCCUUCGUUUCAAGCUCUUCUUAGUAAAUCUGAAGAAGAGUUUGGGUUUGAUCAUCCAAUGGGUGGCUUAACCAUCCCUUGUCCUGAGGACACUUUCAUAAAUGUGACUUCUAGGCUUCAAUGAUGAUUAUCCAACAUAUUGUUCAUCUAGUUAGAGAUAGACUUGUUCCUUGUAAAUAGAUGAAUUUUUUUUUCUCUUGUUCUUGAAAGAGUUGUUCUAUAACUUUUUGAAAGUGAAUGCCAUAGACACAAUUCACUAAAGAAUCUAAAUACUCGAUCCUUUUCAAUGUGAUCUUAUUUGAUCAUUACUUUAUUUGGCGUGCCUACGCAUUCAACUUACAUAAUUUGGAUUUUUCCCCUUUCAA